GACGUUGUGGCAAUUGACGUUGACGUAGAGAACGAGAAUGCGGCAACAGCAAUCGCCAAGGAGGGCGAUGUCGAAGAGGUCGGCCUGGAUGCAGACAGGCGCCUAGUUAUGCAGCCCGAAAAGCUGCCCGACAGGCAAGAAUUGGAUGAUUUGAAGGAAACAGUCUCUGGGUUGCAAAGCCAGCUACACACUUUGCGGAGGGACAAUGGUGCCCUGCGGUCAGCACUCCUUGGACGAACAGGUGGCAGUCUCCCUGUGGACGUUCCUCUCUUAUCACUUGCUCCCGAGUCUGCUUCCACAUCUGUUGGCGCCCUUCCAGCCGCGACAAGUUCAACUUCUGAUGCUGCUGCUGUUCAUGGUGAAGAUGAGCUGGCAGAGGCUGUAAACGCCUCCGAAGGAGCUGCUGAGUCAGGCCGCGCAGGACGAUGCUGUCAGUCCAGAUGGUUCGAGCACUGUUCUUCCUGUUCUUUCGUCGCAGCCGAGGUGGAAAACAGGAAAGCUACGAAUUGGAGUCCUCCAUGCUCACCUACGCAAGCGGAUGCUUCAACCAGAGCGGGGAGCUGGAUCCCUUCAAAUUCGUCUUCAACAUACUCUCCUCCAAGGCCUGUCUGGGAAACACCCGUGAAUUCUGCACGAGAGCGAGCGUCGCCUGCGCUGUCUGUCGAGACACGGGCGGAGAGAGCCCCAGCGCGGAAUGACAAGGGCUGGUCCAGCCAGUGCCGGACUGGCCAGGACAGUCACGAUGAGUCAGAUCUCGAGGAGUCGGAUUGCCCGGAAGCGCCUCCAGAAUCAGAGGAGGAACCUUCGUCACCUGCGACAGCACCAGCAGCUGUCUGGAAGGCGAUUUCUGACGAGCGGUCGGACAGACGGCCUGUAUUGCCAUUUCCAAAUGUGUCAACACAGCAGGUGGUUGGCGACAAGAAGCUGGGCGGGUCAGGCAUGUUUCACUCUUAG